UAGUCCAAAUUCUUUUGUGUAUUUUUCGAUAACCUUUUGGUCACUUAAUGUCAUUGUAUAUACCACGGUGCGCAGCACAGGCAAGAAGAAGAGCCGCGCGCAACAGCUGUAGUCAAAUCAACAGCUGCUCAAAGACUCGCAUUGUUGUAUUUUGUGAACCAAACACAAGUUCGGGCUUGCAUCAGAAAUAGCGUCGCGUUAUUACCAGCACAACCAGGAUAGAGAACCGGUGGUGCUUGGACGCAAUUUGAUUAAACUGUGUCAUGGAUCGUCAACAAAAACGGCUUCAAAAACAAAACUGCUAGUGAAUACCAAAAAAACAAGCAACAAUAAGAAGAAGCACAUACUGUGACCAGCGCGCACGAAACAACGUGGGAGAAGAAAUCAGAAAAACCGAAACACACACUCACAGCAUACACAAAUACACACACGUACAAAUACAAAUACAUGCACACACCGCCAAACGAGUGCAGAGAUACAGCAACGCGCCGAGCGCAAUCUAUUUUAUUCACAUUUUCCACACACAAAAAUACCAGCAGCGCGCAGCGAAAAAUUAACAAUUGCGUCGUACAACAGAUCAGAAAGAAGAGGAAAAACGCUUUAAAAAAUAUAUUUUUUGCGAGUGAAAAUCAACAAUUGCUUCAGAGAAUUGUGCAAGGCUGAAUCGAAUGACCAGCAAUAUUUGCUUGUCAAAAUAGUCCAGAACAAGCUGGCAACAACAAGAACAAAAUAUUAGCAGCCCCCGAACAGUAGCAGGAAGAGAGUAUUGUGUGUCUGUGUGUGUGUGUGUAAGAGAGAGCAGAACCGCCAGCUGAGAUUCCCGUAAUACCAGCAACAUCAGAGCAACCAGAGCUUCACAAUGAGCAUGGUACGGCGCAUCAUUUUGCUGGCUCCAAGAUAUAAAAUUUGGACAAAGGGAAGCAGCCACGUACAGCACACACCCAAAUGCAUCAUACUGAGCACAGGGCUGGAGGGCAGAGCGAUUGCCGUGCGACAGUUCCAUUUGGCCACACAGCACUGCACCGCCAAUGGGCAUAUGCUGCUGGAGCCGCUGGUGGCCAUACCCGCCUACAUUGACAUCACGAAUGGUGUCACAUCCAUGUCGGAUGCGAGCAGCGGCACGGGCACUGGCACGGGCGCAGGCACCGGCGCCGGCACUGGCACAGGAACUGGGCCUGGCAUAGGUGGCAGCGGUGGUGCCGGCAAAGUGCCUGGCGCGGGCGCUAGCGGCAACGGUGCGAACACAACCGGCGGCGGCGCUGGUGGUGAUAAGUUUUUGUCCUGUCCGAAAUGUGGCAGCGCGUGCACUCAAGUAGAGACAUUUGUCAGCUCAACACGCUUUGUGAAAUGCGCCAAGUGCAAUUAUUUCUUUGUGGUGCUCUCCGACGUGGAGACCAAGCAGCGCAUCAAGGAGGAGCCAAAGAAUCAGCGUAAGCCGCCUCCGCCGCCGCAAAAGAUCAUGGAGUAUCUGGAUAAGCAUGUCGUGGGCCAGGAAUUUGCCAAGAAGGUGCUCGCCGUUGCCGUUUACAAUCAUUACAAGCGCAUCCAUCACAAUUUGCCGCAACUGCAGCAGCCAACUACAGGCUCGGCCAGCGCAGGCGGCGGACUGGAUGGUAUACCGCGCACGGAUCUGCUGCAUAUCACCGGCAUUGGGCACACACUGAACAGCACGCCGGGCAGCGAGCUGCCGCCAAAGCCAGCCCAAAUGGGUUUGGGUGGUGGACUGACUGGUUCCGGUUCCGGUCUCGGCAGCGGCCUGCAUAGCAGCGCCAGCAGCGUCGGCUCCGCGCGCAACGAACAUCGGCCCGGCUCCGAGAUACUGGACAAGCAGAGCAACGAUGUCAAGCUGGAGAAGAGCAAUAUCAUAAUGCUGGGCCCCACGGGUUCCGGUAAAACCCUAAUUGCCCAGACAAUUGCCCGCUGUCUGGAUGUCCCAUUUGCCAUCUGCGAUUGCACAACGCUCACCCAAGCCGGCUACGUGGGUGAGGAUAUCGAGAGCGUUAUAUCAAAGCUGCUGCAGGAUGCCAACUACAAUGUGGAACGUGCUCAAACAGGCAUUGUCUUCUUGGAUGAGGUAGACAAAAUUGGCGCUGUGCCCGGUAUACAUCAGCUGCGCGACGUGGGCGGCGAGGGUGUGCAACAGGGCAUGCUUAAAAUGCUGGAAGGCACCGUUGUCAAUGUACCCGAGCGCAACUCACCGCGCAAGUUGCGUGGCGAAACGGUGCAGGUGGACACAACGAAUAUACUAUUUGUCGCCUCGGGCGCCUAUACGGGCCUGGAUCGCCUGAUUGCCCGUCGCCUAAAUGAGAAGUAUCUGGGCUUUGGCAUGCCCUCGACCAGCGGCUCGGGCCGUCGAGCGGCUCAAUCGACAGCGAGUCCCAUGGACAACGAUCAGGAAGAGCGUGAUAAAUGCCUGACCAAGGUGCAGGCGCGUGAUCUCGUUGAAUUUGGAAUGAUACCCGAAUUUGUUGGUCGCUUUCCGGUCAUUGUGCCCUUCCAUAGUUUGAACGUCAAUAUGCUGGUGCGCAUUCUAACCGAGCCGCGCAACGCCCUGGUGCCGCAAUAUAAGGCGCUGCUGGGCCUGGACGAGGUGGAUCUAUCAUUUACCGAAGACGCUGUAGAAUCAAUUGCCACAUUAGCCAUGGAGAGGCAUACAGGCGCGCGUGGUCUGCGCUCCAUAAUGGAGACCCUGCUGCUGGAUCCCAUGUUCAUCGUGCCCGGCUCGGAUAUUAGAGGCGUACACAUUACCGCGGAGUAUGUGCGCGGCAAUACGAAGCCCGUUUACAUUCGCAAUAGCGACGAGGAUGCCAGCGUGACCGGCGAUGGCACAACGGAAACAACAGAUUCGGAGCCCACCAACGAUAAUGAUAAGAACUUUGAGGAUAGUGAAAAAUCACGUUUAAAUGAUACUUUGGUCGGUACAUAGCCCCCUACUACCUGUCGCACAAUUUUUGAAUGGCUCUUGCGCAAUUUAUAUACAUAUUAUAUAUAUAAAAAUUAUAUCGCUCUCCCCCUAUGCCCAAUGCACCUGUGAUUCAGAAUUGACAAGCAGCGUAAAUUGUUUAUGCACGCAGCCGUUCAAAAAUAGUUUGCAACAUUCAAUUCAAAUAAGGCCAACUGUAAAAACAACAUUCACUAGAAUUGUAAUUCAAAAAUGAUAAUAAAAAAUACACCACUUUUUUUAAAAACAA